UUUCGUUAUCGUAAAAGGCAGCAAAAUGUGUUUUAGAAAGAAAUGGUGAACACAAUUACGUUUAACCUAAUAAUGUUCUUAAAUGUGCUCAUUGUGGGCGCGAAUGAAACGAUCGAUCGUACCUGUUUGCUCAUGACAACUGUAAAAUGGGUUGAUGUGUGCCACGGAACUAUAACGAACGAGAUGAAACUCAAAUACAAAGAUCAAUUGACAUUCAUAGGCACACCCUUCAAAAUAAUGAUCUCCGAAAAUGCGGAAGUGGGCUUCUUGGUGACUUUCUAUGAUUCAUAUCUGCGAAAUUGUAGCUCGGUGCGUGUCGACAGGAAUUCGGUGGCCGCGUGCGAAAAUAAGGGGAACUAUACGAUAAAGAGAUCUAUGAUUCAUUGUUUUGAAUUUUAUCUCUUUUAUGCGGAUGAAUUGAUGCGAACAUGCUACGAUCCGGCUGAUUCGAAGCCACGACAAGUGCCACCAAUUCGAUUUACAGCACUGCAUUAUGCAUACAAACCACCGAUUGAAGCAGGUCAAGUUGCCUUAGAUAUAGCUACAAAAUGGGUUCUAUGGUUAAUAGUCGCUGGUGUGUUGUGGAUAAUGUAAAAAUACAUGAUUACAUGUGUAUAUAUAAACCAAUGAUUUACAUUAAAAUAUUAUAUGAAUAUGUCGUACUGCACGGAUUUUUGGUAAAUAUACAGGAUGGUUGUUAUUCAGA